GCGGCUGGGUUUGUACGUCUUUCUCCUUGGCUGGACUGCUACUUGAGGAAAUAACUGAAGUUUUACCUCUACAUCAAGAUAUAACCAAAAUGGCGAAUGUCGAGGAGAACUUGAAGAAAAUGGUGCGAAUCUUCCGAAGGGAAUGCCACCGAGUUCUAGAAUCGGAGAGAACGACCAUUCGCGGCCCGGACGAGAUGCUGAUCAUCCUACAGCUGACUAUGGCGGAGAUCAACAAGCAGGAGACUGGUGAGUUUGGCGUUGCCCUUAGCGACGUGUUGCUCUGUUGGAGAUGUCUCCUAUUGGACCGUCUGCAGCUGCCCAGCGAGGGAUGCCGUCGCCCCGACAACUACGAGCCAAUCAGGCGCGAGUAUGAGGACUUCCUGAAGCGGACCAACACCAUGGACCUGAUCGACGUUUACCUGAUGACCAAACAGCUGUCAGCAGAGGAGCUGCUCACACCUGAGCAGCUGCUUCACUUCAUCUCGGGUGGUGUAUCUGAAGAGGACCCGGUUGAGAGCACCCAAGCGCCCCCCUGUCCCUCCACGCCCUCCAGUCAACCCAGACCCUGCACUGCCCAGAUGCGGAGGGUGGUGCGUCGUGUCCUGUGCUCGUACCUCUGUCUGCUGCUCAACUCUAAGGACGAUCUGGCUCUGGCGGUUUCCAUGGAUACGCCUAGCCGCGCUCUCGGACGCACCGCCUUCACUGACCUCAAGCACGCCGCGCGCUCAGGACACACCUCACUAUUCCUGGCGGUGACAUCGUUUGUGCGUGCGAUCCAGCUGGGGGGUAAAGGCUACGCCCCCCCAGAAGACCACCCCCUGAGGAGACACCUGAAGGGGCUGGCAGAGUUCGUCACCUUCACGGAUAACCUAGAGGAAAUACUGGGAGACACACCUGACCCCAGUGUAGCGUGUGGUAAGCUGUUGUCCCGUAUGAGGAGUGCUCUGCUAAAGGGUCGCAGCAGUGGAGAGCAGAUCUAUGGAGCCGUGGAGGAGACCACAGCAGCCCUGAGGGAACAGAUCUCACUGCUGCACACCAGGAGACGAGAAGAGGACACACUCACUACGGGGAUCAGUCCUGCCAGGCCUAAGGCCUAUGCUAUAAACCAUGCCACUGCCUACAUGGGGCGGGCCACAGUGAAGUUGCUAUUGGAGCUGCUGGAUCAGGAAGCUCUGGCGCCGCCCUGCAGGAACAAGGCGGAACUGCUGACUGAGGACCAGGCUGCUCUCAACGGAGAAGAGGGACACGCCCUAGUCAUGCUCUACAGAUCCCCAGAGGUGGUGACAGGAGAGUCCCCAAAGCCGCUACGCAGCCGAGUGCAGGCAGCACAGACCAAGGACAAGGUGAAGCGUGGCGCUGGUCUGCGUUCCCAGUUCGCCUGUACGUACGUAGAGGAGGCCGAGAGCGGUGAUGGCAAGGGUGAUGGUUGUCAUGGUGAUGAUGACCUGCCCCUCAACAGAGUUCUGGACUUCCCCAGCACCAGCCAACUGCCCACCUGCAAGCACCCCGCGCCCAAACGCAACACACACACCACGGGCACCACGGGCACCUUGCACCCCCACACAGACCCCGAGGAGCAGGAGCAGGAGCAGCCGAUUAAUAAAGCAUGA